AAAAAGGUAACAGAAUGGAAAACGACACCGUAUACUGGUAAUAGUCCUUGCUUUGAUCGGGUUGUUGUCCCUUAGAUCAGUGUGCUGCGUGCAGCUCUGCGUAACUACUAAGCGAAUUAUUAGACGUUUGUGAAGUCACAGAGAGAAAAAAGCAAGCAUCAAUGGCUGAACCCAAAACCAAAUACGAUCGCCAGCUCAGAAUCUGGGGCGAGCAAGGACAGACAGCCCUAGAGAAAGCCAGCAUAUGCUUACUGAAUUGCGGUCCUACUGGUUCCGAAACCUUGAAGAACCUUGUUCUUGGUGGGGUUGGAAGCAUCACCGUCAUUGAUGGAUCCAAAGUUGAAUUGGGUGACCUUGGAAACAACUUCAUGGUUGAUGAAUCAAGCGUUGGCAAAUCGAAAGCGAAAUGUGUUUGUCAGUUUCUUCAAGAGCUAAACGAUGCUGUUAAGGCCAAGUUUAUAGAAGAGUAUCCGGAGGCUUUGAUUGAGACAAACCCAUCAUUCUUUUCUCAGUUUACCUUAGUUGUAGCCACUCAGCUAGUGGAAGAUUCAAUGGUAAAGCUUGAUAGAAUCUGCAGGGAGGCAAAUGUGAUAUUGGUCUUUGCUCGCUCUUAUGGCCUCACUGGGCUGGUUCGUAUCAGUCUGAAGGAACAUACUGUGAUUGAGUCGAAGCCUGAACAUUUUCUGGAUGACCUUCGUUUAAAUAAUCCAUGGCCUGAGCUUAGAGGGUUUGCAGAAACCAUUGAUCUAGAUGUGACAGAUCCUGUUGCCCACAAGCACAUACCAUAUGUUCUCAUUCUUGUCAAGAUGGCAGAGGAGUGGUCCAAAAGUCAUGAUGGUAAACUUCCAUCAACUAGGGAAGAGAAAAAAGAGUUCAAGGAGCAUAUCAAAGCUAGGAUGACUUCCCUUGAUGAAGAUAACUAUAAAGAAGCCAUUGAGGCCUCCUUCAAAGUCUUUGCUCCACGUGGAAUUAGUUCAGAUUUGCAACAGUUAAUUGGAGAUAGAUUUGUGGAAGUUGAUUCCAGUUCAUCCGAUUUUUGGGUGAUGGUGGCAGCAUUGAAGGAAUUCAUAGAAAAUGAAGGUGGUGGCGAGGCACCCCUCGAGGGAUCAAUACCAGAUAUGACAUCUUCGACAGAGCACUAUGUAUGCUUACAGAAACUCUACCAAGCCAAGGCUGAGGCUGAUUUUCUUGUUAUUGAGCAAAGGGUUAGGACUAUUCUGAAAAGAAUUGGUAGAGAUCCAAAUAGCAUCUCAAAGACAACCAUAAAAAGUUUCUGCAAAAAUGCAAGAAAACUCAAAGUUUGCAGGUAUCGCCUCGUCGAAGAUGAGUUCAAUUCUCCAGUCCUACCAGAGUUGCAGAAGUAUCUAACAGAUGAGGAUUACAGUGUUGCUGGUGGGUUUUAUAUUUUGCUCAGAGCUGUUGAUCGGUUUGCUGCCAAUUACAACAGUUUUCCUGGGCAAUUUGAUGGUGUGAUGGAUGAGGACAUAUCUCGGUUGAAAACUACAGCUGUUGGCCUGCUUAAUGAUUUAGGCUGCAAUGGUGUAACAUUAACUGAGGACCUUAUCAACGAGAUGUGCCGAUUUGGUGCUGCCGAGCUCCAUGCAGUUGCUGCUUUCAUUGGAGGAAUUGCAUCUCAGGAAGUGAUCAAGCUUAUAACAAGACAAUUUGUGCCCUUGUCUGGGACUUUCAUCUUCAACGGCAUCGAUCAUAAGUCUCAAUUGUUGUCUCUAUAGAACUUUCUAAAGCCAGAGAAGAUUUAAAAUGUCUAUGAUCUUUAUAAUUGGGAUUGGGCAAAUUAAAGUUUGAUCUUACAGCUUUGUUGCAUGCUAUUUUUGGCACAUUUUGAAUGGAGACUUCCUUCCCGUUGGUGAGAGAGGCAGGAUUGAUCUUACAGCUUUGUUGCAUGCUUGCAGUCACAUGAUAUUGGAGUAGUUUUGUUUCUUAUUCCAUUAUCCCCUGGAUAUGCGAUGUAAGUCAGGCCAAAAAGAAAAGAAGAUAUGUGGGAGAGAGAGAUCUAUGAGAAUGACUCUCCAAUUUGCUUUAACAGAAAGGAAAAUCUAAUUAUUUUUGGUGAUUUUCUUUUAUGUUGUUAUUUUUGCCUCAUCUAUUUGAUCAAA